AUGCGAAGGCGUGUCAAGAGUGUCAACGCCAUGGAGUGGUGCAACAGAUCCCAGCAUCUGAGUUACAUUCGAUCAUUAAGCCAUGGCCAUUUCGAGGCCAAUGGGCAAGUCGAAGUGGCAAACAAAAUUUUAAUUAGUUUGAUUAAAAAACAGAUUGGAAGCAGACCUCGAACAUGGCAUGAGACUUUGAGUCAGGUAUUGUGGGCUUAUCAAAACUCACUAAGAGGAUCAACAGGUACUUCUCCUUAUAAAUUAGUAUAUGGGCAUGAUGCAGUUUUGCCUUUAGAAAUUAAUCUAAAUACGUUGAGGAUUUUAAGGCAAGAUGAGUUGCUAGUUGAUGGUUAUUGGAAUGCAAUGUAUGAUGAAUUAAAUGAUUUAGUCUCCGAGCGUGUUUUGGCUCUUGAGAAUAUGAUUCGACAAAAGGAAAACGUUGCUCGAAGUUAUAAUCGUCAAGUAAAAGAGAAAUAUUCAGUAUAA